AUGUAUAGAAGAUAGUGGAAAGAAUAGCAAAUAAAAAAAGAAAACUAACAAGACUAAUUAGCAAAUAAUAUAUAAAUGAAAAGUGAUGGACUUGAUUUAUAAUAAAAAAAUACUGAAGAAAAAAGACUUAACAUAGAAAAAAAAUAAAAAAUGUAGGAAAACGCAGCGUCUAAAGAUAAUAAUGAAGUAUUAUAUUUGAAUUCGAUAAAAAGGUUUCAAACUUUUAUAGAGCAGUAGAAUUUUGAAAAUUAUACAAGCGGAGAUUAAAACGAAAAGAAUCUUUCUUGUAGAGUAGAUGCUUUAGAGAACAUGAUUGGACAAAUUUUAAUAACAGUAUAAGAUAUAAAUAAAAAUAUAAUGAAACUAAAUGAAACAAGAAAUGGAAAUUGA